AUGACUGGCCUUUGUGCAGUUGAAGCAGCCCUUAAGAAAGGUCUACAAGUGCGUGCAUUUGUCCGCGACCCAGCCAAGAUUCCCGAUCACCUGAAAGAUAAGGUGGAGAUUUUCAAAGGCAAUGUCCUCGAACCCGAUUCCGUGGCCAACGCGGUGGAGGGCACCGAUGGCGUCGUUGUAACCUUAGGCACCCGGAAUUCCUUGGCGCCGACCACCGAUCUAUCCGAAGGGCUUAAAAACAUACUAGAUGCAAUGAAGACCAAGAAUGUUAAAACUGUAACCGUAUGCUUAUCUGCAUUUCUCUUUUACAAGCCGGACGAUGUGCCUGGACCUUACGGUCCGUUGACCGACGACCAUAGGAGGAUGUAUGAAGCGUUGAAAGAGAAUCCUCUGAAUUGGGUUGCCGUAUUCCCUCCCCAAAUUGUAGAGGAAUCCAGCCGUGAAAUGACCGUCGUGAUUAAUCCGCAGAAGCCACCUGUCGGUACCAUCACCAAGUGGGACCUCGGUACGUUCAUGAUUGACGCUCUUUUCGAGUCUAAAUACUACAAGGCUGUCAUUGGGUUGUUCAAUAUACCUAAGUAA